AUGGCCUCCUCGGAAGUCGAUCAAAAGUUUCUCGGCUAUUUCGCAAAAGUUACUACCACUGAGAAUAAUUAUCUUUCAAGUUUUCUGUUUCGGGUUUUAGGUCUAUCAGUAAUACUUGCAGAAAAGCUUCUACGCGCACGGAAAGCAAAACGACUGGAUCCGGUGCGCGAUCCUAGAGCGAGACAUCUCAUUCAUCAUAUACUAUGGCUAGCACGUGAGGGCCUUGUCAUGGUGGAGCAGUAUAUACUCCCCAUGGUAGGCAACUACGUGGAGCUUCGCGUCCUAUCUUAUAAACUUAAAGCAUCCUUUUAUCACAUUUUCGUCCUUUUUCACAACGACCCUCCCGUCAAUGACCGAAUCAACCGUUCGAGAUCCGACUCCUUUUCAUUAUUUCCCGAUCCAUUAUCACCCAGACUCUCGAAAACGUCCUCAAGAGAUCCUGCGGUACGUUCUCCAACUGGUGGUCGUCGUCAACGAUCGCCUGCGAUUAGUCUCGGAGGGCCAGUUGGUGGCAGCACAACCGCACGAACGCCCCCUGGUCUUCCCCUUCCCGCGACUCAUCCAUACACCAACGGAAACGCCAACAAUGGAAGUGGCGUCGCAACGUUUCUCCUCCCUCUCCAAGACUACACACCGUACGCAACACAAGCAUUCCGCGAGGCCAACGAACUUGCCGAGCGACUACUCCCUGGAUCGCACCCGGUCCGCCUCUCCGUCAAAGUCGAGUAUGUCGCUUACGUGUACGACUGUCUCCACGAGUCAGAAGCCAGCCGCCGCCUGGCCCGUCUGGCAGUCCGGCACGUCUACGAGGCACAGGAAGGAAUGGACGACGAUUCCUUCGAGGACGCCGCAGAAAUGGUGGGUAUCCUUGGCAGGAUGAUGAAGCGAGGUCUCGGCUCCGGUGGUAGCUCCGGCAGCCAGCAGGCCCAGGCUCAGAGUCGUGAGAGAGUCGGUGGUGGCGGCGAGCCGCCUGCGCCGCCUGUGUCAUCGACUACGACGGCAAGAGCCAGGGCUGGCACUGCGGCAGCUGCGCCGGCGAGAUAUGCAUCGUCGCAGCAGCCGUCAACUUGGGUCUAG